GAUUUUGACACUUGACUGGAAGGCGCGCGCUUUGUUUUCAUAUAUAAAUUGCCUUGUUGGCCUUCAAAAUAUCACAUUUAUCUGGUGCUUUUCAGCGUAUUCACAGUGAAUAAGUGUCUUCUCUGAAUCUGCUAUGAGCGAAGAAUCAAAAUAUCUGCGAGUGGCUCUUCUGCAGCUCAAAGUGGGCAAGAAUAAGGAGGAGAAUGUGUCACGUGCCAUUGAGAAACUGCGCUCCGCUGUGGCUGAACAUGGACCAAAUUCCUCCACUUGGACGUCGAAGAACAAGAACUUCCUCUGCAUCUUGCCCGAGUGCUUCAACUCUCCGUAUGGUGUGAAGUACUUCAAUGAGUACGCCGAGACCAUCCCCGAUGGCUACACUAGCAGGGAGAUCUCGAAGGCUGCGAAGGAGUUGGGAAUCUACCUGAUUGCUGGAUCGAUUCCGGAGAGGGAGGCUGAAGGAUCGUCAACUCUGUACAACACCAGCACUAUUUGGUCGCCGGAUGGAGAGAUGAUUGGCAAAUACAGGAAGAUGCAUCUCUUUGACAUCGACAUUCCCGGACAGAUUCGCUUUCAGGAGUCUGAAACGCUGAGUCCGGGCAAUAGUUUGACCACAUUUGCCAUUGACGAGGCAAAGAUUGGCCUGGGAAUUUGCUAUGACAUCCGAUUUGAGGAAUUGGCGCGCCUCUAUCGCAAUGACGGAUGCAAUUUCCUGGUUUAUCCAGGGGCAUUCAACAUGACGACUGGACCUCUUCACUGGACACUCCUUGGCCGGGCUCGGGCCUCAGAUACUCAGUCUUUUGUGGCCACAGUUUCUCCGGCGAGGGAUGAAGCAUCGGAUUACGUGGCUUACGGCCACUCUUCGCUGAUCGAUCCCUGGGCUCACGUUCUGGUGGAUGCGGAGGCUCCGGAGGCUACAGUCGUCAAGGAUUUGGAUUUCAGCGAGUGCGAGAAGGUGAGAGCCCAAAUUCCCAUCUCCAGGCAGAGACGGGAGGACAUCUACAGGACCACGAAAGUCACGUUCUAGAGGGAAAAUGGAUUUCCUCGCAUGCGUUAUGUACAAAUUUGUGGAGUCAAUAAAUUUCUACGUCUCCUUUUCAUAACAUC